AUGUCGCCCGAAACCCUAGAGAAGCGAUUUACCGAUUUACAAGACCGGCUUACUGUCUUGCAAGAUGCGACGAAUCAGCUUAAGGAGCUGAUCGACCGACUGGCCAACUUCGAUUUCCAGCCCGGCUCAGUACCUGUUGGCGUGAGCGACGACGACAAUGUUUGUUCAGAGCUUAGCUCCGAAAUCAACCAAAUACUACGAGAACAGGAGGAGGAGCUUGAGUUGUUGCAAGAAGAGAUAAUAGAUAUCCGACCGGGCAAGUCUGGUGGCGAUCUACAACAUGACAAAGACCGGCUGAAGGACGGCGCGGAUCGUCUUGGACAGGAGCUACAGAAUUGUCGAAGGGCCUUUAGGAGAGCCCAGAUAUCAGCGAAGCGUAACCUACAGCUUGCCCAGCGACAGGAACGAGAGCUUCUCUACGCCUCCUUCUCGACCACACGAUCCGGCGCGUCCACUCCCGCCGUCGCAGAGGCUGCGGCAUCCCUGCCGAGCCGACGAAAGCCGCAAAAGCGCUCCGAAAUGAGCAAGGAAGAACAGAUGAUAAGCGCCAGUAACGAUGUAACUGAGUCCAUGAGGAGGGCGCACGACCUGAUGGCUGCCGAAUUAUCCAAGAGCGAUUUUGCCCAUAACACGCUCAAGGAGUCGACUGCUUCUUUAUCGCAAUUGUCCGAGAACUACUCGAGUCUCGACACCAUGCUAUCGAACUCCCGGGCUCUCCUAGGCACCUUAUUGAAGAGCCAGAAAACCGAUACUUGGUAUCUACAGUCGGCCUUCUAUCUCCUCGUAGUUACCAUCGGUUGGUUGAUAUUCAGACGCCUCCUCUGGGGCCCGACCUGGUGGCUGGUCUGGCUUCCUCUCAAGCUCAUCUUCCGGAGCGUGGUCGGCGUCUCAAAUACGGUUUCACGACGCGGCGGCUCACAAGGAGUGGGCUCCGGCUCAGAUUCGGCUACGAUACUGUCUAUGUCACAAAUAGCGCAAAUGAAUAAUGACGGGGUUCCAACAGCACAAGUCGUCCAACCGUCACAGAUUCCGCAAGAGGCAUCGGAAUCUAUCAUAGAAGAGGUUAACAAAGUCAUCAAUGAAACAGGUUCAACUGAAGAGCAUCCUAAAGAAAAUGAGACCGAAAAGGACGCGCAAGAAGACCAACAGGAAGAAACCGUGCUAAGGGAGCGCAAGGAUGACGAGCCUCCCAACCCAAAGAAAAGGAUGAUGGAAGAGGACGCUAGUAACCGGCAGGGCGAUGGUGGUGAAAGAGUCAGAGAUGAGCUGUAA